AUUUCCUUGCUUUCAAUACUGAAUCCCCUUCAUCUUUUAACCACAAUUCCACUUUAAAAGUUUUACAAUGGAACGUAGAGAGAAAUUACCGUUCAGAAUUAAUUAUUUCCACAUUAAAAUCUCUUAACCCAGAUAUAGCAAUAAUUCAAGAAAUUGAUAUCAAUUGUAAAAGAUCCUCAUCCAAAAAUCAUUUUAAAGAAAUUGCCGAAGAAUUAGGUUGGAAAGGAGGAUUUGUUUGUGAAUUUUUUGAAUUAGAAAGUAAUAUGAGAAAAGAAAGAGAUCAAGGCGGAGGUGUACAUGGAAAUGCAAUUUUCACAAAGCAUGAAAUUACGUUUAGAGUGCUUGAUCAUAAAUAUCAUCCUAUGGAUUGGGAGAAAGAUGGGGAGAAAUUGAGAGAACCUCGAAAGGGAAAGAGAUAUUCAUUGGUAGCCGAGGUAAAAACUCCGGCCGGACCACCGAUUUUAUGUUAUUGUGUGCAUUUAGAGGUAUUUUGUGGUAUAAUUGGUCGGAUAUCACAAUUUUCAGACAUAUUAUUAGAUUCCGCUUCUAAUAUCAAGACUCAUCCGUAUCAAUUAAUUUUUGGAGAUUUAAAUACAAUUGGUCAUUCCAUAGUUCGUCUUUCACCCAAAUAUUGUCAAGAUCGUUAUAGAUUUCUUUCACUUGGUACAACAGAACCUGAAUGGUGGAAUACAAAUUUAUUUGGUUGGCAUACAGAAGAUGGUGAAAUCAAUUUAAAGUUACGGUCAG